UAUAUUUCAAAUUUUUGUGUUUAAUAAGCUGCACGUAUAUAUUUUUCAAUAUCUUAUACGUAGUCCCAAUAUCUUAUACUGUCCCAUAAUUUCGGAGCAAAGUUGACACUUGACCGCAAACCCGCUUGGUUCACCCGCCUGGACGACUUGGACUUCAAGCCCCAGCAAGCAUUGCGGCCUGCACACCGGGAACUACGGGGUCCGAGACAGGGUUAGGGUUGCACGGUCUUUUCCCUCCCAGAAGCCCGCGGGCGGCUAGGAACACCGUCCGUGUCAUGGCCGCGGGAGCCGGGACGGCAAGCCCCGCUUCCGGCCCGGGCGUCGUACGUGACCCGGAGGCGUCACAGUCGAAGAAGCGGCCCGGCCGGGAAGGCGGGGAGGGCGCGCGGCGAUCGGACGCGAUGGCGGGAGGAGGCGGGAGCAGCGACAGCAGCGGGAGGGCGGCAGGCCGGCGGGCGUCCCGCAGCAGCGGGCGGGCUCGGCGGGGGCGCCAAGAGCCGGGGCUGGGGGGCGCCACGGAGCGGGGCGCGGGGGAGGCACGGCUGGAGGAGGCGGUCAACCGCUGGGUGCUCAAGUUCUACUUCCACGAGGCGCUGCGGGCCUUUCGGGGUAGCCGGUACGGGGACUUCAGGCAGAUCCGGGACAUCAUGCAGGCUUUGCUUGUCAGGCCCUUGGGGAAGGAGCACACCGUGUCCCGACUGCUGCGGGUUAUGCAGUGUCUGUCGCGCAUCGAAGAAGGGGAAAAUUUAGACUGUUCCUUUGAUAUGGAGGCUGAGCUCACACCACUGGAAUCAGCUAUCAAUGUGCUGGAGAUGAUUAAAACGGAAUUUACACUAACAGAGGCAGUGGUCGAAUCCAGUAGAAAACUGGUCAAGGAGGCUGCUGUCAUUAUUUGUAUCAAAAACAAAGAAUUUGAAAAGGCUUCAAAAAUUUUGAAAAAACAUAUGUCCAAGGACCCCACAACUCAGAAGCUGAGAAAUGAUCUCCUGAACAUCAUCCGUGAGAAGAACUUGGCCCACCCUGUUAUUCAGAACUUUUCCUACGAGACCUUCCAGCAGAAGAUGCUGCGCUUCUUGGAGAGUCACCUGGAUGACGCAGAGCCCUACCUCCUCACGAUGGCCAAGAAGGCUUUGAAAUCUGAGACUGCUGCCUCAAGUACAGUGAAGGAAGGUAAACAGCCAGCACCAGAGCCUGUGCAAAAGCCACUCAGAGAACCUGCAAGGCAGUUACGGAGUACUCCAACCACCAUUGGAAUUAUGACCUUGAAAGCAGCUUUCAAGACUCUGUCCAGUGCACAAGAUUCCGAGGCAGCCUUCUCAAAACUGGACCAGAAAGAUCUGGUACUUCCUAAUCAAGUGCCCCUGCCAUCACCAGCCCUCAAAAACAAGAGAUCAAGAAAAGAUGAAAAUGAAAGUUCAGCCCCUACUGAGGGUGAGGGUGGCUCUGAACUGCAGCCCAAGAACAAGCGCAUGACAAUAAGCAGAUUGGUUUUGGAGGAGGACAGCCAGAGUACUGAGCCGAGCGCAGGUCUCAACUCCUCCCAGGAGGUCAUCCCAGCAUCACCAUCCAAGCCCACCGUUCUCAACCAGCCCCUCCCUGGGGAGAAGAAUCCCAAAGUACCCAAAGGCAAGUGGAACAGCUCUAAUGGGGUUGAAGAAAAAGAGACAUGGGUGGAAGAGGAUGAACUGUUUCAAGUUCAGGCAGCACCAGAUGAAGAGAGUGCAACCAGUGUAACAAAAAAGCAGAAGUGGACCGUAGAAGAAAGCGAGUGGGUCAAGGCUGGAGUGCAGAAAUACGGGGAAGGAAACUGGGCUGCCAUUUCCAAAAAUUACCCAUUUGUUAACCGAACAGCUGUGAUGAUUAAGGAUCGCUGGCGGACCAUGAAAAGACUUGGCAUGAACUGAAACAGGCUUUCAUUUCCAGAGAAUUCACAGGAGCAUGGUUCCUAAUAAUAGCCCCUGAAAGUCUGUUGUUUCUUUCAGAAGCUGGGCUGGGAUGAGAAUUUUGGGCAUCCUCCUCUGACGUGGGGGAGGUCCCAGUUCUACUUCAUUGCUCUUGGAGAUCAUGAAGCUGAGAAACAAAGCCAAGUCCACCCCAUGUCCUUGGCAGAGAUGACAGGCACAUAGCUUGUACAGUGCCAGAAUAUCAUUAGUAUUUCCCUUCUUUAGUGGUUUGCUUGAAUUUUAAAUCCCUGGUAAUCAGUAGAACCUUCUCCUAGGAAAUGGUGGAGUCUGUUAGGAGCCACUUAUGACUCUGACCUAUUAAAACCAGCAACAUGAGCAUUAUUUGGAGUGAACUUGUUCCAGGUAAAGCUUUGGCCUUCUGAUGCAAAUGCAAAGGAACUUCAUCUGUCAGGAACCCAGGCUGAUGAGAGACCAGUCUUGGUGGAAUCAGAGUCUCUUUUAAAAACUCUUAUGUCAGUUGUAACAUCAACAUCUAGACCUGACAGCCUUGGCAUUUGCUUUUAAUAUUUGCUGGGCUACGUAGGCAGGUUUAACCUCCACCUCUCCUCUGGUUGAACCAGUGUGUUUUUUUGUAAAACGGUGAUUGUAGAUAAGCUUAGCCCUUUCCCCCAUCCCCUCUGCCCAAUUCCCUUCUUUAUGCUGGACUUUUAAAGCUUAAAAAAUCUUGACUGAAUAUAAAUGCUUAAUUCCAUUCUUUGUGAAAUGGUUGCUUCCGCCUGAUUCCCUAAUUGUGCUGUGUUAGUGUCUUGCUCUAAAACUCAACAUUCCCUUCUCCUUUUGUACUGUGUUGUGCUUGCUGUCUCUCUCGGACAUCCUUAAAGACCGUCUUUUUGGCAUAAAAAAAAAAAAUCAGUAAAGUGUUUUCUGUAAUCUUUUUUUAAAAUAUGAGAACUAAUUAUUGUCCAUAACUUGUAGCAUUCUUCAUUAAAGUCUUGCUUCUCUCAAA